AUGGGCUGCUGUCUCAGCUCCACCGCCACCGACAAGUCCUCAGCUCCUCCCAAUCCGCGCCUACAUUUCCAGAGUCGAUCCGACGACAGCAGAGCUCCACCGCCGGUGGACGAAGAGGCUGUUAAGGAAGUCCUCUCCGAAACACCGACACCGAAGCCGAAGCUACAACAAGACCAACAACCAGUACUGUUUCAAGUCCCACAACAGCACAACAAGACAACAACCCAAGAGCCUGUCUUUGAAGUAAAGCUGGAUCAGAUUCAAGAACAACAACAUAAGAACAAAGUCUUUGUCGACGACCAGGAACCCCCGCAGAAACGGGACAAGAGAAUACCCAUUUGCCCGGAGAUCUCGGAGGACGCGUCGGAGAUUUGCAGCCUCCAGAGUGAGAGCGUAUCGGCGACGACGGCGACCAGAGACGACGACGAGGAGGUUCAGCAGAGGGUCGUACUCAACAGCAGAGUGUCGCCAAGGAAAUUACACAAGAGCCCCCGAGACGGGUUCGGGCCGGGUCGGGUGGUGGGUAAGUCACCGACGCGGAGGACGGACUCGUCGCCGGGCCGGAGAUAUGGAAAUGGAGUCGGUUCGGGGAGGUUGGCCCAACCGGGUCAGCAGGCGGUGGGUGGAAGGCGGGCCGGGUUGAGUGGUGAGCCCAACCGGCGCGACCCGGGUGAGAGUUCGGGUCGGAGGUCCAGGUCGCCGGCGACGAGGAUCACGGAAAAUGGUGGGAUUAAUAGGGCAAAUGUGAGUCGGAGCCCGUCUGCUAAUAGAAGGUAUCCGGGUCGGAGCCCGGUUGGUCCAGUUGAGAGUUCGAAUAGUUCGACCCGGAGAAGGGUGGAGGAGCCGAGAAUGGAGGAGGGUAAGUGGGCGGCGAAUGAGUCACUAGAAAACCCGCUUGUUUCUUUGGAAUGCUUCAUUUUCUUAUGA